ACACUUGUAAACAAACGCUUCGUGAUGAGGCCUUCCAGCCACAGCAAGAGGCGAAAUUUCAGCGAACAGGAGAAAACUCUCUUAUUCUCUCUGAUCAGCAAGGAAAAACAUGUGCUGGAGUGCAAGGACAUUAAGGCCCACACCCUCGAGGAGAAGAGAAAGAGCUGGGAAAAGAUAACACUUACUUUUAAUGCAGAUACGAGCGUGGUUGUUAUUCCUCGCACCGUCGAAGAACUCCGCAAGUGCUGGAUGAAUCAGAGAUACAGGGAGAAGCAAAUUGCAGCGGCCGAAAGAAAGAGACCGGAUUGUCCACAGCAGUACGGGGAAAAUCCGACCUCCCCAACGACUAUGAACGUUGAGGUAGAUCCUGUCAUACUCAAUCGUUCGCCGGAACCAGUACAAAACUCUUGGGAAGAUGACCUUAGCAUCAAGAAUGAAGAUGAUGGACAGAUACAGGGACAGCAGCAAACUCUACAAACUGUACAUCAUCAACAGUCACAGCAGCAGCAGCAACAACAACAACAACAACAACAACAACAACAACAACAACAACAACAACAACAACAACAACAACAACAACAACAACAACAACAACAACAACAACAUCAACCACAACAACAGCAACUUCAGCAACAGCAGCAGUCACAACAACUUCAACAUCAACAGCAGCAAGAACAGCAACAACAACAGCAGCAUCAGCAGCAACAACAGCAGCAACAACAACAACAGCAGCAGCAAUUGGAAAACACCGGAAGAGCAGUGUUUGCAAUGAGCACACUACCACUAGGUAUACAAACAAAUGUUACACAGAGAAGUAAUUACCGGCCAAUAGCACCGGCUCCACCACCACCUCCUCCUCCUCCCCCUCAAGUACAACAAGCCAAUGUCAAUAAUGCAGUGAUACCAGGAGUACAGCACAUCACAGCAACAAGGAACCUACAGUUUGAUAAUGGCACAACAGCUGUGUCGACUCCUGUGUCAACGAUAUGCCCUAGCACAGCUGUUACCAGUAUUGCAAACAAUCCCAUGGACUGGCCAGAAACCACAGUAUCGAGCUCAGGUAAUUCCUGUAGCUCUACAUGGCCAGCAUCUGUUCGAACAUCACAGAAAAGAAAACUAGACAUGUUACUUGACCAAGAUAGACAGUUAGCAAGUAAACAACUAGUCACAGCCAAACUAGAGGAAGAAAAAGGUAGAUUACAAUUGAGAAUACUUCAUGAACAAUUAAAAAAUGUACAAAGAGAAACCCAUCUUAUUGACAGAAAGAUAGCUCUAGCUGACAGAAAAAUACAGUAUUGGGACAAAGUAUUGAAAAAUGGAGGUGACGAACAUUUUUUGUCCCAUAUGUGAGAAUGGGAAAAGAAGUUUAAUAAUUUUGUGAAACUGUGUAUGACUGCAAAACAAUGUGUAAAAACAUUGAGGUUCUGUAAAUGCAAAAUCUUGCAUCAGUUAUGCAGGAUUAAGGAUUAAGAAGUAAAAAAUAAUGUGCUUCAUAUCCCACGAAAAAGGAGAUUUUGAGAUAUUUUGUUUAUUAUUAAUUUCAUCAUGGAAGCAUAUCUGAAGAAGUCAUUGAAAUUGAAAACAAUAUAUACUUUGUCGUAUAGAACUAAACCUUCAAUUUUGUAGGUUCCAUUGAUACUAGUGAUCUGUUGACAAUUGAAAUGUGAUGUCCAGUGAUAAGACCAUGUGUCUUUAAAAUCUCCAUAUAUGAGAAAUGAACAUAAAAAAAUAUUUUGAUUUAUGUGAUAUUUUGAAUCUACUUGAAGCAAGUUGAGGCAAUACCAUUGUUCAUGAUCAAUAAAGUGCAUUGUGUGAAAGUGAACACCAGUUAAUAGGACUACAAAGCCUUGCAUAUUUUAAGGUACUUGAUAUCUCUUAAAGAGACAGUAUUGACUCAGGAAGAAUGAAACCACUGAGACAUUUUAAAUAGUUAGUUUGUAGAUAGUUUUUUGUAAUGUUAAUGAUAAAUUUGAGUAACACAUUUUAAAGUGUUAAAUGUUUAAUUACUUUUAAUACAAGAAGAGAGCUUUAAUUAAAGUUAAUUUCAAUGUGAAUAUUGAAAGCAAAAUUGAUAUGAUUCAAAGAAGUACUGGCAGUGAAUUUACGAUCAUAUUAUGUGAUAUAUGUUAAAUUUGUAGUUGCAUAUGCAUUUAAUUUGUAAUAAUAACUAUAUUGAAUCUUUUAGCUCUUCAUUGAUUUGGCUUUGUUUAUCAUCUGAUGGAGUUUUGUAUAUUUUCUUUUGCAAAUAAUGUUUGAAUGUUUCCAUUAGACAAGGAAUAUAUAUAGAUUUUUCAUAAAGAAGUAGUGGUGUAUAUUUUGAUAUAACAUUUUGUGCAUUUAAUAUACAGGAUUUAUAUUCUUAUGUAAAUAUUGUACAGAAUAAUUUAUUUAAUAUCUUUGUCAGGAGGCAAUAACAGUAUUGUGAAUGUAGAGGAAAUCCCCCAAAAUGGAAUUUUCGUAGUCAGCUAGAAAAUAAUAGCUUUUGUUUGAAGUGCUCUCUAUGUUUAAAAAGUUUAUUUAAAUUUAUUUUAUGUAUUUAUGUACAGUAUAUGAGUAGUCCAGUAGUGUUUGCAGAACUUUGUAGAUGUCUAAAAAAUUUGCUCUUUUAAGCUUGUCAGCUGAGAUUAAGCAUACCAGUACAUCAGCCAAGUUCAAAAUUUGAGGAAGGCACAAGUUUAGUUCUUAUGAAAAAAAAGAAAAGAAAAAAGACUUGAGUAUCUAAGGUAUGAGACAGCCAAACCAAUGGAGGGAUAUAGGAUUUAAAAGUAUUCUUUGUGUUGCAUCAUUCUGUAAUAGUAAUGAUGUCAGGCUUGUACAAGGAAAUUUCUUUUUAAAUAUGCAACAUUAUGAGAGUAUGUACUGCAAAGCUUGUAUUUUCAGUUUAUGGUAUAUACAGAAUUUCUUAUUAAGACAAAUAUUUAUUGAGAACCAGAAAUAUUGA